AUGAUGAAAAUAUGUGGACCCAGUUUUGGCAAUAUGUUGACUCAGGCAAAGCCUUAUUUGUUAACUAUGGGGUUGCAAUUUGGGUUGGCUGGAACAUUCAUCAUCACCAAGGCUUGUCUCGAUCAUGGAAUGAGUCGUUUUGUGUUAAAUGUUUAUCGCAAUGCAAUUGCUGCGUUUGUCUUUGCCCCCUUUGCGCUCAUCUUUGAAAGGAACGUUCGGCCAAAGAUGACCAUCUCUGUCUUCAUACAAAUACUAGCCCUUGGAUUUCUGGAGCCAGUAAUUGAUCAAAGCCUUACUUGCUUGGGGAUGCAAUACACUUCGGCAUCAUUUGCAUCUGCUAUGAUGAACUCCGUACCUUCUCUAACCUUUGUGCUAGCGGUAAUUCUGAGGUUAGAGCGUGUAGAGUUAAAGGACUUUCGCACUCAGGCAAAAGUGAUUGGAACCUGUGUAACGCUUGCUGGGGCUUUGUUGAUGACAAUAUACAAAGGACCCCAAGUCAACUUAUUUAAUGAUCCAAACACUCCCCACCAGCAAGAUGAAAGUCAAUCCCAUAAUGGUCAUAAACAAUGGAUCCUAGGGACCCUAUUUUUAUGCCUUGGUUGCAUGGCUUGGUCCUCCUUCUACAUUUUACAGUCCAUAACAGUGAAAAGGUACCCUGCGGAACUAUCACUCUCAUCGUUGAUAUGCUUCGCCGGUGCCUUGCAAAGUGCUGUGGUUGCGCUGGUUGCAGAUCAUCACUCUCGGGCAUGGGCUAUCGGUUUGGACUAUAGGCUCUAUGGUCCUCUUUAUGCUGGAAUAGUGAGUUCAGGAAUGGCAUAUUAUGUACAAGGACUGGUGAUGAAAACCAGAGGCCCAGUGUUUGUGACAUCGUUUAAUCCGCUAUGCAUGAUCAUCGUUGCUGCUUUGGGUACUUUCUUUCUACGAGAACAGCUCUACCUCGGAAGUGUCGUUGGCGCCAUCACUAUUGCAGUAGGUCUUUAUUUAGUGCUGUGGGGAAAAUUCAAGGAGUAUGCAGUCCUCACGCUGUCAUCAACAACAAAGGAAACAAAAACACAACAAUUGCCAACUACCUCAGCAACUCAUAAUUAA